AUGCUAACUCAAAUGCUUUCCAUGACCUCGGUUGCCUCUACAACUUCUGUGCUCCUCAUCAUUGGUCUUGUUAUUCGGAUUAUUCAAAAUCGGAUUCUUCACCCUCUACGCUCAGCACCUGGUCCUUGGUUCAACAGCCUGUCAGAACUGCCUGCUGCAAUAGCUCUUGUGAAGGGAGAUCAGCACCUUUACUAUAGGUCUCUGCAUGAAAAAUAUGGGUUGGUCGUGCGAGUAUCUCCCAACGAGCUGAGCUUCAUUGGCACAGAUGCUCGAGAAGAGAUCUAUGGAUUUCGCGCAAGUGCUUCAAAAAAAAAAAAAAAAGAUCAACAUUGUCCCUUUGCUAACUUUCGGAUCAUGCAGAAAGGUGCCCUUCUCAUGGAGAAGAGUCCCAUAUUUCUCGGAGCCGUGGGAAACGUUGACGGAGAAACUGGUGUAAGCCUUGCGCUUGAUAAAGAGCAUACCCGCCAACGCAAGGCAUUGGGUUACCUUUUCACCAACAGCGCACUGGCCAAGCUGGAAGACAUACUUCAGAUUCAUGCUCACAAACUUGUCGCCGUGCUGGAGAAAGGAGCAUCUGAGAACCAAGCAAUGAAUGUCUCAGACUGGUACACGUACCUUGCUUUUGAUAUGAUGGGCGACCUGUGUUUCGCAGAGCCUUUUGGCUGCUUGGACCAGGCUUCAGCAACGGAGUGGUCAACCUCUGUCAUCAACGUUUUCGUAGCGGCUACAUGGACACAGGGCAUCCGCCGAAUAUCUGGAGUUGGCACAUGGCUUGAGCGUCUCAUUACAUGGCUUCUGGUUCCUCAAAAAGCUGCAUCAUGGAGGUCAAUCCACUUGAACAACUCACGCGAGAAAACCGUCCGUCGCCUGCAAGACCCCAAUCGAGAGCAUACAGACUUCAUGUACCAGAUUCUAAACAACGAGUCCAGAAGCCUGUUGUCCAAAACUGAAAUCCAGUUGAAUAUGGCUUUAUUCAUCAGUGCUGGGACCGACACAACGGCUACAGCUCUCGUCGGCUGGACAUACUUCAUCUGUACCCACCCCAAUGUAUACAAGAGACUUACAGCGGAGAUUAGAAGCGCUUUCAUGGCCAACGAAGAUGUCAAAUGGGAAAAGGUCAAAAAACUGGCGUAUCUCGAGGCGACGUUGAACGAAGCUCUGCGCCUGUUCCCACCGUCACCUGCAAGUCAACAGCGUGUAGUCCCUCCAGGAGGUGCCACUAUUGCCGGGUUAUAUGUUCCUGCAGGAACCACAGUGGCCGUACCUCCAUGGGUAUCAACACACUCGCACGUCAAUUUCGUGGAGCCUGAUGCCUUCAUACCAGAACGAUGGCUGGCAGAAGACCCCAAGUUUCAAGGUGACCGCCUGAAUGCUUCGCUACCAUUCGGAACAGGACCUCGGGUCUGCAUUGGGAAGAACCUGGCAAAUCUUGAAAUGAGGCUCAUUGCAUCCAAAAUGCUGUGCAACUUUGAUCUCGAGCUUGACAUCGGUGAUUACAGGAUGGCGAAUCAGCAGUGGGGUCUCAACGGUCAAAUGAUGCCUAUGAAGGUGUAUCAUUCGAUGACGAAGCUACCACUCUGGAUCAAGGUGAAGCGAGUAAAUUCAUAG